UUCCACGCCGUGCUGGAAUGUCAACGUGAAGGGCUCCGAGUCUCAGACUGACGGCAUGGCAUCGCCAAUUUCCAGAGAGAGUAAUGGCGACUUUUACAUAGACGAUAUGCGCGACUUUAUACGGCCCAAACUUAUCACGGUUGUCAGGAAUGGCUCCAGGCCACGGAAAGCAGUCCGCAUACUACUGAACAAGAAGACAGCGCACAGCUUUGACCAGGUGCUGACGGAUAUCACAGAGGCUAUCAAGCUGGACACUGGGGCAGUAAGGAAACUCUACACCAUUGAUGGCAAACAUGUGUCAUCCCUGGUGGAUUUUUUUGGAGAUGAGACCAUAUUUGUGGCCUAUGGACAUGAGAAAUACUCUGUGGAUGAUUUUGAUCUUGAUGAGAAUGAAGUGAAGUUUGUGAGUGCUUACUGCCGCUCUGGAAAUGCUCGCCCUCGAGAGCGUGUCACGCUCAGGUCGCCCAAAUCCCCGCGCCGUGUCCUUUCUUCGUCAUCACGCAGCCUCUAUGGCGAUGGCCCCAUCUCUCCAAAGACACCUCUGUCCCCAAAGGUCAGGCGAUCUAAGCCGGGAUCCUCCUCCCCGACACCUAUAAGACCUCGUCAAACCAAUGGACAUACUUCUAAAGUCACUAAUGGUUCCUCUCCAAACCUGAUGAAUAAAUAUGAGGUGGGAAAAAUUAUUGGUGAAGGAAAUUUUGCCAUUGUGAAGGAGUGUGUUGACAGAUUGACCAAACAACCUUAUGCCCUGAAAAUCAUAGAUAAGACCAAAUGCAAAGGAAAGGAACAAAUGAUAGAAAAUGAGGUUUCAAUCCUGCGUCGUGUGAAGCACCCAAAUAUUAUCUUACUGGUGGAGGAGUUGGACGGUGUAGAUGAGCUCUACCUUGUCAUGGAAUUUGUCAGGGGAGGAGACUUGUUUGAUGCUAUAGCCUCAGCCACAAAAUACACAGAACGCGAUGCGAGUGGGAUGAUCUACAACCUGGCUAGCGCACUCCGCUACCUCCAUUCCCUCAACAUUGUCCACCGCGACGUCAAACCAGAAAACUUGCUUGUGUGUGAGCACAUUGAUGGCAGCAAGUCUCUUAAACUGGGGGACUUUGGUCUGGCUACAGUAGCCAAUCAGGUGCUGUUUACCGUGUGUGGGACGCCCACCUAUGUGGCCCCAGAAAUCCUAGAGGAGACAGGAUAUGGCCUUAAGAUUGAUGUGUGGGCUGCUGGUAUAAUCACCUACAUACUUCUGUGUGGGUUCCCUCCCUUUGUCAGCCAAUCAGAUGGCCAUGAAGAGCUGUUUGAUCAUAUCAUGAAAGGAAAUUUUGAGUUCACCUCCCCUUUUUGGGAUGAUGUAUCCAACUCAGCAAAGGACCUCAUUGCUUCCAUGUUGGAAGUUGACCCAGAACAGCGAUUUUCUGCAUCAGAGGUUUUACAGCACCCGUGGGUCUCGGAUGACACAGCUAAAGAUGAAGACAUUCACACUGGAAUCAGCAAAGAACUCCGAUCUCACUUUGUCAGGAAACCCAAAUCUACAUCCCAUGCAGCAGGCAUUGCCCUCAUCGCAUCAACAGCUUUGGACAAAGGUUCUCGAUAUUUCCAAGGUCGUAAAGGAGCUCAGUUCACUCUGCAACCCCAUGAAAACGGCAGCUCUACAGGGGAUGAAGUCUUCUGAGCUCCCGUCUUUCCAUGUGCAGUUUAUUUACUGUGUAGUUAUUCUGUAUGUAUUUCAUGAAAGAACUUCAGCGGGACGAUUUUCCAGAAGUGAUUUUGUACAAAACCAGAGUGCUGUUUGCUGCAGCAGUUGUAUUGUAAUCUUGAAUAUUUAUCAACACUUUAUGCAUAUGGUUUCAUCAUUUGAUCAAAUUGAUCCUCUAUUAGUGUUCAUAAUUUCACAGGGUGAUGUUCAAAUGGUGUCAUUUACUACAUGUGUACUAAGUGGUCAGUCAGGGGUGUAUAUUGGAUGGUUCCCCUCCAUUGUGAUGGUGUUCAUUGGAUUGGAUGAUCUUCAAGGGGUGUCCAUUACAUUGGACAAUUCAGCAACAGUUUGGUGGUGUCUAUAACAUUGGGUGAUUUUCAUGUUGUCCAUAACAGUGGAUUUUCCCCUUUCAUUUUGGUGGUGUUUUACACUGGGUUAUCUUUAUAAGGUGCCCAUUACAAUAAACGAUCCCACCACAGUUUGUUAGUGUACAUUACAUUGGUUGGUUUUCAUGUGCUGUUCAUUAUAUUGGAUGAUCUUGCUUCAUGUUGGUGGUGUCUCUUAUGUGGUGCCCAUUACAUUGUGUGAUCCCUCUUCAAAUUUGGUGGUAUCCAUUACAAUGGAUGAUCUUUAUGUGGUGUUCAUAAUUUGGAUGAUGCCAAUUCAGCUUGGUGGUAUCCAUUACAUUGGAUGAUCUUUAUGUGGUGACCAUGACAUUGGAUGAUCCCACUUGAAUUUAGUGGUAUCCAUUACAUUGGAUGAUCUUUAUGAGGAGCCCAUUACA